AUGGAGUUCCCGGUGGAUUUGUUGGUGUCAGAGAGUCAUGACGCUCUAGGCAGUUCAGCCCAAAGCUACAUGAAUGAUCUUCUCUACAGCAACCCUGACUCCCUUCAGUAUUUCACACUGCCCAGCAAAAGAAAGAUCCGUAUCAGUUUGGGCAACGUUGGCUUCGUCCCUCUGUACGGAUCAGAUCUUAAGCAUAAAGUGCUGGCUUUGUUUGCACCUGAAGAGCAGUUCACAGCUGUGGCAUUGUUCUUGGCAGAUCAGUGGUGGGCUGUGGAGGACAUCCUCAAAACUGGAGAUCCUUCCAGAAAGGGCCUCAUAAAGGUGGAGUCUCUUGGUGAGAGGGUUGUCCUUUAUGUUCUGAACCGCAUUAUUUACCGCACCAUGGAGAUGAGCUCAACCGAGGUUCCGUUCCUGUGCCAUGGUUCAAACGAUUAUGCCAAAAUCCUCUGGAAGAACGGCGAGGCUGUAGGUUUCUACUCAGUCAAGCCUAAAGGUAGCUUGUGCAAUAACUUUGUGAGCCAGUGCUACCAGCUUCCUGUCAUGGACUCUAUAUUUGUGAGGAAGAGUCACCGUGGAAACAGCCAUGGCCUCCAGAUCCUGGAGGACUUUGUAGACAGUUUCAAAGACGAUGAACUCGGUCUUAAAUACCCUCUUUCACAGGCCAUGUAUGGAGUGUGUCGUCAGUACCUGAACACAUACCCGGCUGACGUGGACUUGCUGUGGGAGGUGGAGAGCGUCGGUGGGCCCUAUCAGAGAUGUAACGUGGCCAGUAAACUGAGCUCGGUGGCCUUCAGAGUCAAUCGGCAUUCGCGGACGGAGGAGAGCGAGGGCGGACGGGCGAUGGAGAAGGAGAUGGAGGAGGAGAACUGCCUUGACAUUACGGAGGACGUAGUUGUGAUUAAUAAGCACCUCAAAGUAGCAGAAGCGAUGGAUGACACGCCGAUAUCCACGCGUACGCGGAGCAGCGAGCACAAAAGGAAACGUGUGAGAGAGGAAACAGAGGAGACAGCGGAAGAGAGCCAACCUGAGAAAAUCAACAGAAUGGAGGAGCCUACGGCUGAGGCGGAGCCUGUUGCUGUGACAUCAGAGGCUAAUGAAACGAGGGAAAAUGAGGAAGGGGAAGAGGAAGAGGAGGAAUCGACCCCACUUGAUGCAGAGUCAGCUGAGGUUCCAGAAGAAGACAAGGAUAUUAAUAAAUUGGACAUUGUGGAGGUGAAUGGGACCAUGAGCGUGGAGAGGGAGGAGAUGCAGGAGGAGACAGCAGUUGCAGAGAUUGCACAAGAGGAGGAGGAGCAAGAGACUGAGGAGGUCCCUCAGGAGCCCACACCCGUUCUUCAGAACGGCACCGCGGAGGAAGAGGAAGAGAUGGAGGGGGCUGAGGAGGAAGAAGCAGCCCAGGAGACCUCAGUCGAUAAGGAAACUGUAGACACACCAGCAGAGCCUGAAGAACCGGUGGCAGAAGUUCAGGAAGACGUGGCUGAGGAGAAACCAGAGGAAGAAGCAGCUCCAGGGACAGAAGAGGAGGGGCUGCCUUCCGCUGUGGAGGAACCAUCUCCAGAGGCCCAGGCUCUCCCAGACGACCACGCCUCAGCUGAGGAUCCCCAGCCUGGUCAGGAGAAUGAGGAGGCAGUGGAUGAGCUGGCACCUCUGGAGCCAGCCUCCCCAGAGGAGGCCUCUGCUAGUGCCACAGAAGGAACUGAGGAGGAAGGAGAGGGAGACGACGAAGCGAUGGAGACCGAAGAGCCCUGUGUAGUCUCUGUAGGAGUAACAGAUGUUUCCUACCAGCCACCUGAAGGAGAGGAAAAUCAACCAGCUGCUACAGAUCAGGACAAAGAAGAUGAAAAGACAGAAGGAGGUGAAGAGGAAGCGGUUGUGAAUGAGGAGCCAUCUAAAGAGGGGGAGUUAGAGGAGGAGGAAGCACAGGAAGGUGAGGAGGAGAAUGCCACCACAACCGAAGAUGAGGAAAGAGGCGAGGGUGACGGGAGAAGCUCCGACGAAGUUUCCGAGACCCCCUCUGAAACGCGAGUUCUCAGAGGCAGGACCAAGACCGUACUGCCGACGCCAAAACGGAAAUCGAAGAGACUGAGUCGAGCGGUAGUAAUAGAGGAAGUGGAGGAAGUAGAAGAGGAAGAAGAAAAAGAACUGACCACGGGAGAGGAGGAAGAGAAAGUCACGAGCACAGAGGAAGAGAAGGUUACGACAGAGGAGGAAGAGGAGGCUGGCGAGAAGAGCUCCGUCGACGAGGAAGACGAGGAGCCACCGGUGAUUGACAGGCGAGUGCUGAGAAGGAAGACCAAAGUGAUCCAGUCCACACCCAGACGCAAGAACAAACGACGCAGCAAAAACUGA